AUGAAGGGUGUUAUGAGGUUUGGUAAGAAAUGGAAACGCAGUCCCCGAUAUAUUGGUCCUUAUAGGAUAUCAAAUAGGAUUGGUAAUGUAGCUUAUGAGUUGGAGUUACCACCAGAGUUACCAGCAGUCCAUCCAGUAUUUCACAUCUCUAUGCUAAAGAAGUGUUUGAGUGAUCCUUCACUUAUUGUGCCUACCGAGAAUAUUGAUAUCAAGGAUAACCUAUCUUAUAAAGAGAUUCCCAUUCAAAUUCUUAAUCGUCAUAUCAUGCCUCCUCCCAGAACUAACACAUGCAAUGCUAACACAAUUCCUCUAGUCCCGAACCAUGAGGUUAUGAAUGCAGAGUUUCAAAAUGUGAUCCAACUAUUGGCUAAGACCGUAGACAACCAGACCAAUUUGCAGGCUCCAGUUCCUACAAAUCCAACUGGUGGAUCAGCUGCAGCCAGGGUUUGA